UGUGUCUUUAUUGAAUUGAAUUGUGUUUUGAGGCAAUUACAGAUCGAUUAACAGCCGGAAAAAUGACAACAUUAAGACCAUUCACAUGCAAUGACAUGUUUAAAUUCAAUAAUGUAAAUUUAGACCCAUUGACUGAAACCUAUGGACUAUCAUUUUAUAUGCAGUACCUGGCCCAUUGGCCCGAAUACUUUCAAGUGGCUGAAUCACCAAGCGGUGAAAUUAUGGGAUACAUAAUGGGUAAAGCCGAGGGACAUGGCGAAAAUUGGCACGGUCACGUUACAGCAUUGACUGUUUCACCAGACUAUCGACGAUUAGGACUGGCCGCCACACUCAUGAACUUCCUGGAAAAUGUUUCGGAAAAGAAACAAGCCUAUUUCGUGGAUCUAUUUGUUCGAGUGAGCAACAAAAUUGCAAUUAACAUGUACCAAAAUCUGGGAUACAUUGUCUAUCGCACGGUUAUUGACUAUUAUGCUGGACCGGGAGAUGUUGACGAAGAUGCUUAUGAUAUGCGAAAGGCAAUGCCUAGGGACGUUGAUAAAAAGUCCAUGAUACCAUUGAAGCAUCCAGUGCAUUGUGACGAAGUGGAAUAGCAUUGAAUUUACACCAAAGAACGAUCGCAUUUGUUUUUAUGAUAAUAAUGGAUAAUUCAAGAUCCAUACGAAAUAUAACGAAUUUCAAAUUGAAAUCCAGA